CAGGCUGCGAUUGGCCCCGCGCGGUGUCGUGGCUGGCGCGGCGAUUCCGCCAGGGCUCCCCGCUUCCGGGUGCUUCUCGGUCGUCGGAAUGGAGAACGCGGAGUCGCACGCGGGGGAGAGUUCCCCUCGGUUUGAAAGGAUCUCUGUGGCUAUUCUGAUGGCUUCAUUUACAUUGCUGGAUGGCUGCGGAAUGACUACAGCUUUGGACUCGAAACCUAAUAUUCUUCUGAUGCUGGCAGAUGAUCUUGGGAUUGGAGAUAUAGGCUGCUACGGUAACACCACGAUCAAGACACCUAACAUUGACCGGCUAGCCAAGGAAGGCGUCAGGCUGACUCAGCACAUUGCUGCAGCCUCACUUUGUACCCCAAGCAGGGCUGCUUUUCUGACGGGCAGAUACCCCAUCCGAUCAGGCAUGGCUUCCAGCAACGCCUAUCGGGCUCUGCAGUGGAACGCUGGCUCCGGAGGACUCCCUGUCAAUGAAACCACUUUUGCCAAGGUGUUGUCUCAGCAGGGUUAUGCCACAGGACUUGUAGGGAAGUGGCAUCAAGGCGUGAACUGUGACUCUGUCAAAGACUUUUGCCACCAUCCUUUAAACCAUGGCUUUGAUUAUUUUUAUGGCAUGCCUUUCACUCUUCUCAACAACUGUCAGGACAACAAGCUUCCGGAGCUGGAUGCCGCUUUCCAGGCUGAGCUCUGGUUUUAUACUCAGCUCAUUGCCGUUGCAGUCCUCACACUUCUCAUAGGAAAAAUGAUUGGAUUGGCAUCCAUUUCUUGGAAAGCAACCCUGUGGUUUUCUGUGCUUGGAUUCUUGUUUUUUGCUUCAUGGUACUCAAGCUAUGGCUUUGUGAAAUACUGGAAUUGUGUUUUGAUGCGCAACUACAAUAUUACUGAACAACCGAUGAAGCUUGAAAGAACAGCCGCUCUCAUCUUAAAGGAAGCAGUCUCGUUUAUUCAGAGCAAUAAGCAUAGACCGUUCCUCCUCUUUGUUUCUUUCCUGCACGUCCACACACCCCUGUUUACAACAGAAAGAUUUCUUGGGAAGAGCAGACAUGGUUUAUAUGGAGAUAAUGUAGAAGAAAUGGACUGGUUGGUGGGACAAAUUCUAGAUACUAUUGAUCAAGAAGGCUUGAGGAACAACACAUUUACUUAUUUUGCUUCAGAUCAUGGAGGACAGCUGGAAGCUCAAGAGGGAAAGAUCCAACUUGGCGGCUGGAAUGGCAUAUAUAAAGGGGGCAAAGGCAUGGGAGGCUGGGAAGGAGGGAUCCGUGUGCCUGGAAUAGUCAGAUGGCCUGGAGUGCUCCCUACCAACGCUGUUGUUGAUGAACCAACUAGUCUCAUGGAUAUUUUCCCCACACUAGCUCAUAUCUCUGGAGGAGCUGUCCCACAGGACAGAAUAAUUGAUGGGAGGAACCUGUUGCCUUUGCUACAACAGAAAGUCAAGCACUCGGAACAUGAAUUCAUGUUUCAUUACUGUGGAUCGUACUUGCACAGCGUACGAUGGCAUCAGAAAGACAAUGGUGCUUUAUGGAAAGCUCACUACGUCACCCCAGUCUUCUCACCCAAGGAUUCAGGGGCCUGUUAUGGGAGAGGAAUUUGUCCAUGUUUCGGCAAAGGUGUAACACAUCACAAUCCUCCUUUGCUGUUUGAUCUCUCGAGAGACCCUUCAGAGGCUGUGCCUCUGUCACCAGAUACCGAGCCACUGUUCCACAUGGUUCUGGAGAAAAUCGAGAAAGCUGUGGAGGAGCAUCGGAAGACUCUCACGCCCGUCCCACAGCAGCUCUCCUUCUUCAACAUUAUGUGGAAGCCAUGGUUGCAGCCUUGCUGUGGGACCUUCCCAUUCUGUCAGUGUGACAAUGAAGAUGCCAAUGUCAGUUAGAUUAAUGUGGAUUACUUUAAGAAUCCUGUCAAAAUGAAACAUUGUUUUUGA